UUUAGCUUCACAUGUGCUCUGUGUCUUGCAGGUGAGGAUGAACAGUCCACAGAGAUGGCUGCAAGGUGGGAAGAUGAGAAGGUGACAGAAGCUGCUUCGGAGGGUUUUGUUGCUAUUAAAAUUGACACCAAAAGCGAAGCAUGCCUGCAGUUUUCUCAAAUUUAUCCUGUAGUGUGCAUUCCCUCCAGUUUCUUUAUUGGAGACAAUGGGAUCCCUUUGGAAGUAAUUGCUGGCAGUGUUUCUGUUGAAGAACUUGUUACCAGAAUCCAAAAAGUAAAACAGAUGCACACAGUAAAAAGGCAACCUCUGGAAAAUGGAGCUCAGUCAACUGCUCCGUGUCCCUCCCUUCAGUCUGACGGUGCUCCAGAAAAUACGCAGUCCAGAGCGGGAGAGUUAUGUGAUUCUCACGAGCCUGUUGUGUCUGAGACAGUAAGACCUUCUGCUGCUAAUGAUGAAGUAAACUCAGGUCAAGCAAGCCAGUCUCAGGAAGCAACUAAUUCUUCAGAUGGGCAAGUGAGUGCUGCUCAGCCUGUGAAUGAUCUUUCAGUCAAAGUAGAAAGAAUAACCAAAAAGCUUGAAGAAAGACGAGAAGAGAAAAGAAAAGAAGAAGAACAGAAAGAAAUCAAGAAAGAAAUAGAACGGAGAAAAACUGGUAAAGAAAUGUUGGAGUACAAACGACGCCAGGAAGAAGAACUGACUAAACGAAUGUUAGAGGAAAGGAACAGAGAAAAGGCAGAAGAGAAAGCAGCCAGAGAGCGUAUAAGACAGCAGAUUGCAUUGGACCGUGCUGAGAGAGCAGCUCGCUUUGCAAAAUCAAAGGAAGAAGCAGAAGCUGCGAAAGCUGCAGCUCUUCAGGCAAAACAGGCUGAAAUAGAGGCCAGGAAAGAAGCAUCUCAGAAGGAGCGAAGUGCCGUAGCCAGGAUCCAGUUCCGCCUCCCCGACGGCUCUUCCUUCACUAACCAGUUUCCGUCCGACGCGCGGCUGGAGGAAGCCAGGCAGUUUGCUGCACAGACAGUUGGUAAUGCCUAUGGCAAUUUCUCACUGGCAACAAUGUUUCCCAGAAGGGAGUUUACCAAAGAAGAUUAUGGAAAGAAAUUAUUGGAGCUGGAGUUAGCACCCAGUGCUUCAGUGGUGUUGCUGCCGGCGGGACGACCUGCUUCCUCUGUGGUCCAGGCCUCAGGGGGGGAUCUGUGGAAGUUCCUGGGCACGAUCCUCUACCCUCUCCUGGCAGUUUGGAGAUUUAUUAGCAACUUCCUAUUCACCAGCCCCCCACCCGCACAAGCCGCAGCGAGACCAGCUCAUCAGCAGUUUUUUUUACACUCAAGUCCUUCAGCUUCUAGCAGCAUUGAGCAAAGCAGGCAAGCAGUCAGGAAACGAGUAAUGGAAAAGCGGGGGGAAGACUUCAAAAAAGAAGGCAAAAUAUAUAGACUGAGGACUCAAGAUGAUGGAGAAGAUGAAAAUAAUACAUGGAAUGGAAAUUCUACACAACAAAUGUAGUUUUAAGUAACUGCAAUAACGGCUGUCUGUAGAGCGAGGAAUAAAGUUGCCUAAGUCAGAAAAAUCAAGUGGGGGUAGCUGAGGUGGGUAGAAGCUCUAAGGAAUUAAAGAUUGAAAAAUCUCCCUCAGCUUUCAUAAUCACUAGCCCUAUUACCAUAGAAAGGCACUUUCUAAUCUAUAAAUAUUCUGCUAUGUAAACUAAAGGGCCAUAUAUUAAUAUAAAGGUGGGGGUAGACAAUGACUGGUUAAGAUGAGGGUUUCAGAAACACUAUAAGUAGCAAAUCAGAUACCUAAUUUAUGUUAAACAUUUUUCUCGCUUCUGCAGCUGCAAGCAAAACCUUGUAGUUUUUAAUUCCCCAAGCAGCACUCAAUAAAAUGUUUUUCAGAAAAC